AUGGAAAGUCUGCAAAUCAAAGACCUGUUUUCUGUCCGAGGCAGGAUAGCUCUUGUGACUGGGGGCAGUAGUGGCAUUGGAUACAUGAUUGCAAGAAGUCUUGUAGAGAACGGCGCAAAAGUAUACAUUGUGGCGCUGCCAACAGAUGAUAUUAAAGGGGCGCUUGACUCUUUGAACUCUAUUGGUAAAAACAGUGGAGGCUUCGCGAUAGGGAAUCUGACAGGGGACCGUAGCUUCGAGGGCGAAGUAUCCACAAAGGAAGGCAUCACAGCCAUCGUCAACUUUGUUGAACAGAGGGAGAAGCAUCUUGACAUACUAGCAUCGAAUGCUGGGAUUCGAAGAGACCCGCCGAAGACCUGUGACGUCAAAAGUGCUUCUUUGGACGAGCUGCAAGCUUCGUUGUGGUCGUCGAGACAUUCUGACUGGCAAGAUACCUUCUCAGUCAACGUUACAGCACACUACUUUCUGUCAGUCGGCCUUCUGAAAUUGCUGGCAGCAGCUGCGGAUCUCAAUAUUGACCAGGGUCGAAAGGGAAGAGACGAAGGUCGUGGUACCAUAAUCGUCACAAGCAGUUGCGCCUCAAUGCAUAAUUGUACAAAUAUCGACCUAACGUCGUACGCUGCAAGCAAAGCUGCUACUGAUCAUUUAGUGAGACUGUUGGCUAGCAAGUAUGCUUCUUGGUAUGUGCGGGUGAACUCGAUCAAUCCAGGUUUCGUCCCAAGUAAGAUGAAUCCAGUCAUGGAGGGCUCGAACCAGUUCGCCAAUUUGUUUAAAGCGAUGCCUGCUGCUAGGAUAGGACGAGCCCACGAUAUCGGAGGAACCGUGGUAUUUCUGUGUAGUGAGGCUGGGUCCUAUAUUGAUGGGACAGCCAUCGUCAUAGAUGGCGGCAGAAUUCUACUAGCCAACGGACAAUAA